AUGCUAGAAGCUGCACUUGUUGCCUUGGUGACCAGCUCAUAUAUUUGCAUGGCCAGUUCCCUGCAAUUCUUAAAAGUGAGUGAGUCUUGUGUGCAAACAAUGGUGAUUAGAUUAGUCAUCACACACCCCAUUGAGUUUUCACUGAAAUUAAUAGAUUGUUUAAUUAUAUUGUCUCCUUUUCCCAUCCUCUCUCUCAGUUGGCGACUUGGGACUCAACUCGUGGGCUGAACGGUAGUCUAAAGGAGAGUCGGAUAGAGAGCGGCAUGCAAGGAGUGACCGUCAAGGUGGUAACAUUACUAGUAAGUGCUUACUCACUACCAACUCUAUACCAACUUGCCACUUGAUGCUACUAUACUCUGUCUGGUCACCUUGUCCUUCUUCUUCAUCUGGCUCUGUGGAUCUACGACAUCUGUAAGACAUAAACUCCACCCUAACAGAAAAAAACAAAUAUUUUCAUAUGAUCACAUGAUCUUAUGUCAAGUUAAUGUGAUAAGACAACCUGGUCUCAGAGCAUUUUAUAUUAUUCUUUACGUAAAUACGAGAGACUCCAGUUACAGUUGAAGUCGGAAGUUUACAUACACCUUAGCCGAAUACAUUUAAACUCAGUUUUUCACAAUUCCUGACAUUUAAUCCUAGUAAAAAUUCCCUGUCUUAGGUCAGUUAGGAUCACCACUUCAUUUUAAGAAUGUGAAAUGUCAAUAAUGGUAGUGAGCAUGAUUUAUUUCAGCUUUUAUUUCUUUCAUCACAUUCCCAGUGGGUCAGAAGUUUACAUACACUCAAUUAGUAUUUGGUAGCAUUGCCUUUAAAUUGUUUAACUUGGGUCAAACGUUUCGGGUAACCUUCCACAAGCUUCCCACAAUAAUUUGGGUGAAUUUUGGCCCAUUCUUCCUGACAGAGCUGGUGUAACUGAGUCAGGUUUGUAGGCCUCCUUGCUCGCACAUGCUUUUUCAGUUCUGCCCACACAUUUUCUAUAGGAUUGAGGUCAGGGAUUUGUGAUGGCCACUCCAAUUCCUUGACUUUGUUGUCCUUAAGCCAUUUUGCCACAACUUUGGAAGUAUGCUUGGGGUCAUUGUCCAUUUGGAAGACCCAUUUGCGACCAAGCUUUAAUUUCCUGACUGAUUUCUUGAGAUGUUGCUUCAAUAUAUCCACAUAAUUUUUCUUCCUCUUGAUGCCAUCUAUUUUGUGAAGUGCACCAGUCCCUCCUGCAGCAAAGCACCCCCACAGCAUGAUGCUGCCACCUCUGUGCUUCACGGUUGGGAUGGUGUUCUUCGGCUUGCAAGCAACCCCCUUUUUCCUCCAAACAUAACGAUGGUCAUUAUGGCCAAACAGUUCUAUUUUUGUUUAAUCAGACCAGAGGACAUUUCUCCAGAAAGUACGAUCUUUGUCCCCAUGUGCAGUUGCAAACUUUUUAAUGGCGGUUUUGGAGCAGUGGCUUCUUCCUUGCUGAGUGGCCUUUCAGGUUAUGUCGAUAUAGGACUCAAUUUACUGUGGAUAUAGAUACUUUUGUACCUGUUUCCUCCAGCAUCUUCACAAGGUCCUUUGCUGUUGUUCUGGGAUUGAUUUGGGAAGGGUUAGCUAAAAGGUUAAGGUUAGGGUUAGCGGACGGGUUAGCUAAAAGGGUUAAGCUUAGGGUUAUGGGAAGGGUUAGCCAACAUGCUAAGUAGUUGCAAAGUAGCUAAAAAGUGGGAAGUAGUUGAAAAAUUUAUAAUUAGCUAAAAUGCAAAAGUUGGCCAUGAUGAGAUUUGAUGUUUGCGUUAUACUCCCACCCAUCCACCCCUAAGUAACGAUCUGUCUUAUGUAACCAUACCAAACGUAACAUAUUAUACUAAUUUGAGCGUCUCGGAUUUACCUUUACUAUGUUACGCCUAUGAGACCAGGCUGGAUAACAUGAAACUACACGUGAAAAUGUGAUCACGUGAAUUGUUCCAAAAACACAUUUUCACAUGAUGUAAAAUGUGUAAAAUUUCAUGUGAAAUAAUAUGAUUUUCCAUAUGUUAAAUGAUGUGUUUUUUUCUGUAAGGGAAACCAUACAAUACAGCUCUUUAGCUGCUUGUCCGCUACCAUUCUGCUCUCUCUCUUCACACAAGAUUUACCUGCUUCAUAUUUAUUCACAUAAGUUCUGCUCGGCUCCCUCUUGGCAGGUCUCCUUAAUUCAUGUCGUUUUUCCAACCCACCCCAGCAGCUCUCCUCCUCAACUCUCUUUUCCACCCAUUCAAUUCAGCCUUGACACUCUCCCAUAAAGAAGAGCCAUGGUUUGCCUCAGUACAUUUAGAGUGGGAAUUUCUGCCUGAUUAAGUGUCACACGUCUCCACAGCACUGGGUGUUACAGGUCAACAGACACCCAGGAAACUCUUUAUGAAGAUGAAGUUUGACUUGCAGCUGGUCUUCAUAAAGUUCAAAAUGAAAAAAAUACUGUUCUACCUGUCGGUUGAACUGGACCAGUUUAUGAACUAUGCUGGCCUGAUGGGACUGUGAUAUAAUGCACACAGACACUUUGUCAAAUUUACAGUAGCGUUUAAACUUUGGCUGCAUGAAUACUCUAUGUCUGUAUGUUUUUGAGCCAAGGCAUUUAGUCAAAGUAAAGUUGAACUUCUAAACCCAACUGAUGUUGUGUUGUAUAUGUUAUCCAACAGGAGGAACCCUUUGUGAUGGUAGCUGAAAACAUUCUUGGGCAGCCUAAACGCUACAAAGGCUUCUCCAUUGAUGUUCUGGAUGCUCUGGGCAAGAUCCUGGGCUUCAAGUAUGAGAUUUACCAGGUGGCCGAUGGAAAGUAUGGAACCCCUACCUCCAACGGCUCCUGGAACGGCAUUAUAGGAGAGCUCAUCAGUAAGGUAAGUCUGUCCAUCACAACUGGAGUUUGUACUGUUUGUUUUGGAGGUUUAUUGAUAGUUUGCUGUUGACUGUUCUGAUGACAUCGUCUUUCCCAAUUGCUGCAGUUCUCUCCUCCCUGGGUAGCUGACUGUAGCCUUGACACAGUGGAGUCCAUUAUAGUUUGGGUCUUCAUGGAAAGAUAGAUAGGGACAAAUUAUAUUUGAUUAUGGACUUGAGUUAAAGAGAUAGUGUUUAUCCCAACAAUCCAGACAUGAUUUGUGUCAUAGGGUCCCACUCUAGCAGCAGGUGUCCAAAACCAUGCCAUUACAAGAGUGUUGAUACUGCUGUGAAAUGAGAAAAACAGAUACUAGCAACGUGAUCAAUGUACUGAAAGUCUGUGAUUUGAGAUUAGCCUUUACAAUAAAGCUUUACAAUAAAAUAAUGUAGUUAAUUGGCAUGUGGAAUCUGUCCGGCCUCUAUUGGUCUGCAUGGCCUUCUGCUGUGUGAAAUAGAACAAGAAGUGUGAAAGAAAAAAAGAACAGAGGAGAAAAUCGUGACGCUCUAGUUUCAAGCCCAUAUAACAGUACAAAGAGCGAUUUUACAGUGUUAUUAACUUUUUUCUGUGACCAUAAAAUGGCAAACAUCAACAAACAGAGUAUUUUCAAGGCUGUAACUGAUCUAUCUCUCUAUCCAUCCACAGCGAGCAGACUUGGCAGUAUCAGCCAUCACCAUAACUCCAGAGAGGGAAAGUGUGGUGGACUUCAGCAAGCGCUACCUGGACUACUCUGUGGGGAUUCUGAUGAGGAAGUCAGAGGAGAAGAUCAAUAUCUUCUCUCUCCUGGCGCCCUUUGACCUGGCCGUUUGGGCAUGCAUCGCAGCCGCUAUCCCCGUGGUCAGUGUCAUGAUCUUCAUCCUGAGGCGGGUCCAGUCGGUCCGUCCCCCAGGGGGACACCAGGCCACCUCUGUGUCCACCUCCCUCCAGAGUGCCAUCUGGAUUGUCUAUGGAGCUUUUGUGCAGCAAGGUGAGCUUGGUAUUGUGGCAUCACACAAAGGGAAAGCUGGGGACACCAGCAUCUUGCAUCAAAGUUGCUUCAUAUACAGUGAAAUGCUUACUUGUUACAAUAUCACAGACAACAAAACACUGACUUUUGACCGUUGGCAGCAAUAUGACACAAAGAUAGAUAGGUCCAUAUAUGGCUAGAUGGAUAGACAGAUAUACACUAAGUAUAUCAAACAUUAGGAACACCUUUUGCCCUCAGAACAGCCUCAAUUCGUCGGGGCAUGGACUCUAGAAGGUGUCGAAAGCGUUCCACAGGGGUGCUGGCCUAUGUUGACUCCAGUGCUUCCCACAGCUGUGUCAAGUUGGCUGGAUGUCCUUUGGGCUGUGGACCAUUCUUGAUACACACGGGAAACUGUUGAGCGUGAAAAACCCACCAGCGUUGCAGUUCUUGACACAAACCGGUGUGCCUGGCACCUACUACCAUACCCUGCUCAAAGGCACUUAAAUAUUUUGUCUUUCCCAUUCACCGUCUGAAUGGCACACAUACACAAUCCAUGUUGCAAUUGUCUAAAGGCUUGAAAAUCCUUCUUUAACCUGUCUCCAUACCCUUCAUCUACACUGAUUGAAGUGGAUUAAACAAGUGACAUUAAUAAGGGAUCACAGCUUUCAACUGGAUUCACCUGGUCAGUCUAUGUUAUGGAAAGAAUCAGUUUAUAGCCAGACAUAAAAGCAAUGGAAAAGGCUAUUGUUAUGUCCCUAUGAAUGCCACACAUACAGGUAGCACAGAGUUGUUUCAUUUGAAGAAUGGUGCCCAUUUCCCACUAUAGCGUUUUAUAGGUGCCUUUGACUGAAAUAAUAUCAGGUUUCUUAGUCUGGUCCGGUCCAGGCAUCUCAGAUGUGAAUAAAUGACUACUUCAGCAACCACUGUUAAACCCUCAACGGCGUCUAGCACUUUGCCGGCAGCCUUUUUAAGCCAAAAACGGCCACAACAUUUUAGGAAUCCUCGCUUUAUUAUAUUUUCACUUGUUCACCUUUUCACAUGUCUUUGGAGGAUGACGUAAAUGUGUUGAUAAAUAUGAAUGACACUGUGGAUGAUUGUGAGAAGGUGCACAUCAGAGGUUCCCAAACUUUUUUGGCCCACGACCCCUUUUUGAUAUCUGAAAAUUAGUGCGACCCCAACCGUGUGAAAAAAAAAAAUGUAAUUAGCAGCUAAUGUUAACUUUUUUAUUCGGGGCUAUGGCAGUCAAUUGCAAAACAUUCUAACAGUAUUUCUGAUAGUGUUCUCAACUCACCAUCACAUACUUUUAAUGUGGGGCUCUGACAGUCAAGUGCAAAUUAGUCUGACAUAAUGUCUCUUAUUUCACCACCACUAAUGAGAUGCAUGUGCUUGACGAAUGUCGCGUCGGAGCUUCUCAAAGUCAGGGGUCGUGGUCGACAGUGAGCACCUCAUAUCUGUUGUCACAUCCAACCUGGAUCGAUAGUUGGUUUUAAUGCAGAUGAGAGCACUGAAUCCAGCUUCACACAGAUAUGAGCUGGCGAAGGGUACCAUGAGUUUUAAUGCUCAGGAACCAAAACUCCUCCAUAUUGACCCAUGAAUGCGUUGUAUGCAGCAUUCGGUCACAUGACAGCUUGAUCAGCUUUUCAACUGAGCCAGGAUCACAGUCAAACGGAUUUCUCUCCAAUAAGAAAUCUUUCCUCUGAAUCCACUGAUUCGGUCACUCAUUUGUAGAAUGUUUUUGUAUUUCCCCUUCAUGCUUGUGUUCAGUACACGGUGUAUCAUACAAUGCGUCCAUAUGGCAGAGGGACACACAUUCCUAACUAGAGUGCAGAAGCCUGCCCGUCAUCUCGUGAUAGAUAGAGCCCCAUCUGUGCAAAAGCCCACCAUUCGAUCCCAUGGAAUCUGUUUUUCGUCAAUAUAGCCACGCAGCACACUAAACAUCCGUUGUGUCGUUUCAUGCUCAGGUAUCGUGAGACAGAACAAUAUGUCCUCGUGAAUAACAUCCCCCGACAUGUAGCGAACAAAAGUCAAUGCAUCGGCAUCUCGGCCCUCACAGCUAACAUCCAUUUGGAGAGCAUAAGCUGGAGAGUUUCUGAGUCAUUCAGUCAGUUUCCUCUUGAUUGAUAGCUAUAGCAUAAUUUCUUAGUUUCACAGUGUUAUCUGACAAAUGUAUUGAUGUGAGUUUCUGUGCCUCUGCCUCCCCACACAUUGUUUUCACCAUAUCAAUUGCGGCCUGUAAUAUCAGUCUCUGCAAUAGUGUGUGGUUUCAUAGCGUAGCGGGCCUAGCCAUUAACCAUGGGAAUGAUUCAAGUGAAACGGUCAAGUGCAGCCUUUUCCCACGAUGUAAGGGCACUCUGGUUUUAGAUUAGAAUAAGUUGCAUUUUGAUUUUUAAGGUUAACCACAUUACAAUGAUUUCAAGAUACAAAGAUUAUAUUAUAAUACAGUGAGGGAAAAAAUUAUUUGAUCCCCUGCUGAUUUUGCACGUUUGCCCACUGACAAAGAAAUGAUCAGUCUAUAAUUUUAAUGGUAGGUUUAUUUGAACAGUGAGAGACAGAAUAACAACAAAACAAUCCAGAAAAACGCAUGUCAAAAAUGUUAUAAAUUGAGUUGCAUUUUAAUGAGGGAAAUAAGUAUUUGACCCCCUCUCAAUCAGAAAUAUUUCUGGCUCCCAGGUGUGAUUUAUACAGGUAACGAGCUGAGGUUAGUAGCACACUCUUAAAGGGAGUGCUCCUAAUCUCAGUUUGUUACCUGUAGAAAAGACACCUGUCCACAGAAGCAACCAAUCAAUCAGAUUCCAAACUCUCCACCAUGGCCAAGAUCAAAGAGCUCUCCAAGGAUGUCAGGGACAAGAUUGUAGACCUACACAAAGCUGGAAUGGGCUACAAGACCAUUGCCAAGCAGUUUGGUGAGAAGGUGACAACAGUUGGUGCGAUUAUUCGCAAAUGGAAGAAACACAAAAUAACUGUCAAUCUCCCUCGGCCUGGGGCUCCAUGCAAGAUCUCACCUCGUGGAGUUGCAAUGAUCAUGAGAACGGUGAGGAAUCAGCCCAGAAAUACACGGGAGGAUCUUGUCAAUGAUCUCAAGGCAGCUCGGACCAUAGUCACCAAGAAAACAAUUGGUAACACACUACGCCGUGAAGGACUGAAAUCCUGCAGCGCCCGCAAGAUCCCCCUGCUCAAGAAAGCACAUAUACAGGGCCGUCUGAGUUUGCAAAUGAACAUCUGAAUGAUUCAGAGGAGAACUGGGUGAAAGUGUUGUGAUCAGAUGAGACCAAAAUCGAGCUCUUUGGCAUCAACUCAACUCGCCGUGUUUGGAGGAGGAGGAAUGCUGCCUAUGACCCCAAGAACACCAUCCCCACCAUCAAACAUUAGAGGUGCUUUGGGGGUGUUUUUCUGCUAAGGGGACUGGACAACUUCACCGCAUCAAAGGGACGAUGGACGGGGCCAUGUACCGUCAAAUCUUGGGUGAGAACCUCCUUCCCUCAGCCAGGGCAUUGAAAAUGCGUUGUGGAUGGGUAUUCCAGCAUGACAAUGACCCAAAACACACGGCCAAGGCAACAAAGGAGUGGCUCAAGAAGAAGCACAUUAAGGUCCUGGAGUGGCCUAGCCAGUCUCCAGACCUUAAUCCCAUAGAAAAUAUAUGGAGGGAGCUGAAGGUUCGAGUUGCCAAACGUCAGCCUAAAAACCUUAAUGACUUGGAGAAGAUCUGCAAAGAGGAGUGGGACAAAAUCCCUCCUGAGAUGUGUGCAAACCUGGUGGCCAACUACAAGAAACGUCUGACCUCUGUGAUUGCCAACAAGGGUUUUGCCACCAAGUACUAAGUCAUGUUUUGCAGAGGGGUCAAAUACUUAUUUCCCUCAUUAAAAUGCUAAUCAAUUGAUAACAUUUUUAACAUGCGUUUUUCUGGAUUUUUUUGUUGUUUUUCUGUCUCUCACUGUUCAAAUAAACCUACCAUUAAAAUUAUACACUGAUAAUUUCUUUGUCAGUGGGCAAACGUACAAAAUCAGCAGGGGAUCAAAAACUUUUUUCCCUCACUGUAUAUAUAUAUAAAUUAUAUAUAUACACAACUGUUCAAAAGUUUGGGGUCACUUAGAAAUGUCCUUGUCUUCGAAAGAAAAGCAAUUGUUUUGUCCAUUAAAAUAACAUGAAAUUGAUCAGAAAUACAGUGUAGACAUUGUUAAUAUUGUAAAUGGCUAUUGUAGCUGGAAACGGCUGAUUUUUAAUGGAAUAUCUACAUAGGCGUACAGGGGCCCAUUAUCAGCAACCAUCAGUCAUGUGUUCCAAUGGCACGUUGUGUUUGCUAAUCCAAGUUUAUCAUUUUAAAAGGCUAAUUGAUCAUUAGAAAACCCUUUUGCAAUUAUGUUAGCACAGCUGAAAACUGUUGUGCUGAUUGAGACUAGUUGAGUAUCUGGAGCAUCAGCAAUUGUGGGUUCGAUUACAGGCUCAAAAUGGCCAGAAACAAAUAACUUUCUUUUGAAACUCGUCAGUCUAUUCUUUUCUGAGAAAUGUUCCAUGCGAGAAAUUGCCAAGAAACUGAAGAUCUCGUACAACGCUGUGUACUACUCCCUUCACAGAACAGCGCAAACUGGCUCUAACCAGAAUAGAAAGAGGAGUGGGAGGCCCCAGUGCACAACUGAGCAAGACGACAAAUAUAUUAGAGUGUCUAGUUUGAGAAACAGACGCCUCACAGGUCCUCAACUGGCAGCUUCAUUAAAUAGUACCCGCAAAACACCAGUCUCAACGUCAACAGUGAAGAGGCGACUCCGGGAUGCUGACCUUCUAGGCAGAGUUGCAAAGAAAAAGCUGUAUCUGGCCAAUAAAUAUAAAAGAUUAAGAUGGGCAAAAGAACACAGACACUGGACACAGGAAGAUUGGAAAAAAGUGUUAUGGACAGACUAAUCGAAGUUUGAGGUGUUCGGAUCACAAAGAAGAACAUUUGUGAGACACAGACCAAAUGAUAAGAUGCUGGAGGAGUGCUUGAUGCCAUCUGUCAAGCAUGGUGGAGGCAUGGUGGAGAUUUGUACAGGGUAAAAGGGAUCUUGAAGAAGGAAGGCUAUCACUCCAUUUUGCAAUGCCAUGCCAUACCCUGUGGACGGCGCUUGAUUGGAGCAGAUUUCCUCCUACAACAGGACAAUGACCCAAAGCACAGCUCCAAACUAUGCAAUAACUAUUUAGGGAAGAAGCAGUCAGCUGGUAUUCUGUCUAUAUAUAUCUAUAUAUUUUUUUAACCAGGAUUUUGAUAAUUCUCCUGCGACCCCAUUAUCAUAUCAGGCGACCCCACAUGGGGUCGCAACCCCUAGUUUGGGAACUGAUGGUUUACAUAAUGGCAUUCUAAAUCUUGGCAGAGCUUUGUUAUAAAAUAUAAAUAUAUAGAACCUCUUGACCUUGGCAUAAGUGCGGCAUGAACACAAUAUUACUCUGGUUUUCUUCUUUUUCUUUUUGAAGCAGUCCUAAGGGUACAUCAUUGAUAGUGACACUUGGAGACACAUGUAUGUUAUUUUUUUCUCACAGCCUGAAUCUCUCAGAUGACAUUUCUGUGGCUUUACUCUUCAAAAUGAUAAUUCACAUUGACAUUUCCUCGUCCGCUUUCUGUGAAGUUAGGCCAUGUGUGGAGACAGAGUGCUUAGACCUGCUACAGGGAGAGAGAGCCAGAUAGCUGCCUGGGCAAACAGUGGGAAUGUGGAGGAGCAUUUAGAGAGACAAUGAGAGGAAAAGUAUUUGGUAGAAAGGGGGUUAAAGAGAGAGAGCAAAAUUCAGACAGAAAUGGACAGAGAGACAGAAAGAGUACGAUGGAGUGAUGAAGUGCUAUGAUACAGAGAUGGGCGAGAGAGAGCAGAAUAAUUUAUUGAGAUCUCAUUUUCAAGAGGACCUGAAAAAUACAGUUACAUUAUAAAAAAUGAACCCGAUCAUUAGGACCAACAGGCUAAAACAAAACCGAUGGUGCAAUAAGUUGUGAUAUCACAAACAAUGAAUCAAAUCCACAUAAUAUUGUUCAAGACUUCAUACAGUACAUUCUAACUUAUGUUGUGUUUCUAGGGGGAGACUCCAUCCUGGGUUCUGUGGCUCUGCGUAUCGUCAUGGGCAGCUGGUGGCUUUUCACCCUCAUUGUGUGUUCCUCCUACACGGCCAACCUGGCAGCCUACCUCACGGUGUCCCGCAUGGACAACACUGUACGGUACGUUAUCAACAAUUAUCAACCCUGUUGUACAGUGUAUCCUUCCAUCUUCAAGACUCAAUGUCUGAAGUGAUGAUUUCCUGGUGGUAAGCGACCCUGUGUCUUCGACUGGCAAGGAUACUGGUAUGUCUUACCUUUUCCAGCACUGACCUGCACAGCCAAUUUCCUGGUGUUAUUUGUCUUUGUGGGUUAGAUCUCACCCAUUUAGGCAGAAUUAGACAUGCCAAUAAACUCAAGUUGGGCAGGCUGUUGACAAGUUGUCUCUCUUAUACAAGCCCAUAAAUGUGGACCAUGUGUGAUUCACACACACUAUGACAGACAAUUGUAAUUCCUGACCCACUCCUUAUAACAAGUUAGCCCUCCUCAGUCCAAAUGUUAUUUGUUAAUAAAUCCAAUUUAGCACACUCCUCUCCAAAUAGAACAUGUAGGUUUCCGGGGAGAAUGCUAAAUAGCACCUAGAUCCUUUAUAUCACAGCUUAUUGUUCAAUCAUCUGUACCCACAAACACCGUGCCCAUUAGUACAAGAAUGAAAUAUUAGUAGACAAUAUAUAAUAUAAUAUGCCAUUUAGCAGACACUUUUAUCCAAAGCGACUUACAGUCAUGUGUGCAUAAAUUUUUACGUAUGGGUGGUCCCGGGGAUCGAACCCACUACCCUGGCAUUACAAGUACCAUGCUCUACCAAUUGAGCUACAGAGGACCACAUAUUUCUUCUGCUCAGACACUAUUAUUGUGUCUCUGUAUAGCUGUGUAGAGUGGAAAUGACACAGUCAGAGGAAGGAGAAAAUUACGGAAGAUAUUUCUGUAUUGUCUUGGGGCCAAAUCCAGACUCUAGAAAAAAGGAAAAAGAUUUGUGUGUGUACAUGUGUGCGUUCAUAUGUGCAUGUGUGUAAAUCAAAGUACUAGUUUGUGUAAAUGGCAGGAAUGAUUUAAUCAAUAAAUCCUAUAAGCCCCAUCAGCCAACAUUUGCUUGCUUAAAUCCUUCCAUAAACUAAAUGUAAUGAAAACUAGUGUGAUAAUUACUUCUCAUUCUUUAUUGUAAAAUAAAAUAAAAUAAAAUGUAUUGGUCACAUACACAUGGUUAGAAGAUGUUAUUGUGAGUGUAGCGAAAUGCUUGUGCUUCUAGUUCCGACAGUGCAGCAAUAUCUAGCAAGUAAUAUCUAACAGUUCCACAACAAAUACCUAAUACACACAAAUCUAAGUAAAGGAAUGGAAUAAGAAUAUAUAAAUAUAUGGAUGUCAGAGCGGCAUAGGCUAAGAUACAAUAGAUAGUAUAUAAUACAAUAUAUACUUAUGAGAUGGGUAAUACAAGAUAUGUAAACAUUAUUAAAAUGCCAUUAUUAAAGUGACUAGUGUUCCAUUUAUUAAAGUGGCCAGUGAUUUCCAAGUCUGUAUGUAGGCAGCAGCCUCUCUGUGCUAGUGAUGGCUGUUUAACAGUCUGAUGGCCUUGAGAUAGAAGCUGUUUUUCAGUCUCUCGGUCACAGCUUUGAUGCACCAGUACUGACCUCGCCAUCUGGAUGAUAGCGGGGUGAACAGAAAGUGGCUUGGGUGGUAGUUGUCCUUGAUUAUCUUUUUGGCCUUCCUGUGACAUCGGAUGCUGUACAACUGUUUUGUCGUCUACAAACCUGAUGAUUGAGUUGGAGGCGUGCAUGGCUACGCAGUCAUGGGUGAACAGUACAGGAGGGGGUUGAGCACACACCCUUGUGGGGCUCCAGUGUUGAGGAUCAGCGAAGUGGAGAUGUUGUUUCCUACCUUCACCACCUGGGGGAGGCCCGUCAGGAAGUCCAGGUCCCAAUUGCACAGGGCGGGGUUGAGAACCAGGGCCUCAAGCUUAAUGAUGAGCUUGGAGGGUAUUAUGGUGUUGAAUGCUGUGCUAUAGUCAAUGAACAGCAUUCUUACAUACAGCGGGGAGAACAAGUAUUUGAUACACUGCCGAUUUUGAAGGUUUUCCUACUUACAAAGCAUGUAGAGGUCUGUAAUUUUUAUCAUAGGUACACUUCAACUGUGAGAGACGGAAUCUAAAACAAAAAUCCAGGAAAUCACAUUGUAUGAUUUUUAAGUAAUUCAUUUGCAUUUUAUUGUAUGACAUAAGUAUUUGAUAACCUACCAACCAGUAAGAAUUCCGGGUCUCACAGACCUGUUAGUUUUUCUUUAAGAAGCCCUCCUGUUCUCCACUCAUUACCUGUAUUAACUGCACCUGUUUGAACUCAUUACCUGUAUAAAAGACACCUGUCCACACACUCAAUCAAACAGACUCCAACCUCUCCACAAUGGCCAAGACCAGAGAGCUGUGUAAGGACAUCAGGGAUAAAAUUGUAGACCUGCACAAGGCUGGGAUGGGCUACAGGACAAUAGGCAAGCAGCUUGGUGAGAAGGCAACAACUGUUGGCGCAAUUAUUAGAAAAUGGAAGAAGUUCAAGAUGACGGUCAAGCACCCUCGGUCUGGGGCUCCAUGCAAGAUCUCACCUCGUGGGGCAUCAAUGAUCAUGAGGAAGGUGAGGGAUCAGCCCAGAACUACACAGCAGGACCUGGCCAAAGACCUGAAGAGAGCUGGGACCACAGUCUCAAAGAAAACCAUUAGUAACACACUACGCCGUCUUGGAUUAAAAUCCUGCAGCGCACGCAAUGUCCCCCUGCUCAAGCCAGCGCAUGUCCAGGCCCGUCUGAAGUUUGCCAAAGACCAUCUGGAUGAUCCAGAGGAGGAAUGGGAGAAGGUCAUGUGGUCUGAUGAGACAAAAAUAUAGCUUUUUGGUCUAAACUCCACUCGCCGUGUUUGGAGGAAGACGAAGGAUGAGUACAACCCCAAGAACACCAUCCCAACCGUGAAGUAUGGAGGUGGAAACAUCAUUCUUUGUGGAUGCUUUUCUGCAAAGGGGACAGGACGACUGCACCGUAUUGAGGGGAGGAUGGAUGGGGCCAUGUAUCGCGAGAUCUUGGCAGUGUAUCAAAUACUUGUUCUCUCCACUGUAGGUAUUCCUCUUGUCCAGAUGGGAUAGGGUGGUGUGCAGUGUGAUGGCGAUUGCAUCGUCUGUGGACCUAUUGGGGUGGUAAGCAAAUUGAAGUGGGUCUAGGGUGACAGGUAAGGUGGAGGUGAUAUGAUCCUUGACUAGUCUCUCAAAGCACUUCAUGAUUUAAACAAGAGAGAGUGUAAUCACCAUGCCUCAGUGUGGAGAGGUGAGAUUAAAGGACUGGGAUUAAAUGUAUUGCUUCAGAUUGUUGUCGCUCUGCAGAACAAUAUGAGAAACUCCUCUAAUCACACUGAUUCACUAAUUACCUCAUAGUAACCAGGGUUCAUUUGUACGGCAGACAAAACAUAUAUUAGACAAUUGACAAGUUAUUAGACAUGGCCUGGAAUACAGUCAAAAAUGCACUGAGGAAAACCUGCACAGUAAAAUGACCCUUUGAUUCAACCCUUAGAGAAACCUUACCAAAAUAGACGGUAUUGAGUCACUUCAUAAUAGCAGGAUUGUUAGGAAUGUUUUCACCAAAACAUUUCCAAAUGCUCCUCUAACCAAUUGAGACAUGAAAAUAGAGCCCUUUGACCAUGCACACCAGUGGUGGGUUUGGUGUCGAAAAGAGGAAAAAUAUGCCGAAAAGAACCUAAAACCUACUGUAACAAAUGGUGGUGGAUCUUUGAUGUUAUGGGGCUAUUUUGCUUCUAAUGGUGCUGGAUUCCUUGUUAAGGUCAUGAAAUAUACCCAGUACCAGGACAUUUAAGCCAAAAACCUGGUUGCCUCUACCAGGAGGCUGAAACUUGACCUCAAGUGGAUCUUCCAGCAAGACAAUAACCCCAAGCCCCCAUCAAAAUCCACAAAGUAAUGAUUAAUUGACCACAAAAUCAACAUUUUGCAAUGUCUCAGUCUCCGGAACCCCAUUGAAAACCUGUGGUUUGAAUUGAAGAGGGAAGUCCACAAGUGCAGACGAAGGAUAUCAAGGAUCUGAAAGAUUAUUUAUGGAGGAAUGGUGUAAGAUCCCUCCAAAUGUCUUCUCCAAUCUCAUAAAACAUUUGAGAAAAAGGCUCAGUGCCGUUAUCCUCGCAAGGUGAGGUAUUGAAAGGAAUUAGAGGUGCCAAUAAUGUUGACCCCUAUCUUUUUUAGAUAUUUUUCUAUUACUUGUUAAACAAAAGCUCUUAAUUUUUCUCUCAAUUGAAUUAGUAUUAAAGCAUAUAAUUUUCCCAUUAUUUUGAGCAUACAAUAUACACUGCGUGUACAUUAGGUAGACCUUCCUAAUGUUGAGUUGCACCCCCUUUCGCCCUCAGAACAGCCUCAAUUCGUCUGGGCAUGGACUCAAAAAGGUGUCGAAAGUAUUCCACAGGGAUGCUGGCUGGACCAUGUUGACUCCAAUACUUCCCACAGUUGUGUCAAGUUGGCUCUAUGUCCUUUGGGUGGUGGACCAUUCUUGAUGCACAUGGGAAAAUGUUGAGUGUGAAAAACCCAGUGCCUGGCACCUACUACCAUACACUGUUCGAACACUUACAUAUUUUGUCUUGCCCAUUCACCCUCUGAAUGACACACAUACACAAUCCAUGUCUCACUCAGUGUAGCUCAGUAUUUGUAUUAUUUAUUUUAUACUGUCUUUUUUGCUCAUCUUUAUCAAGGGUGCCAAUCAUUUGGACCUGACUGUAUAUGUACAAUAAUCCUGUCCAAUUAGCGUUCUUCUCCUGGCAUGUACUUUAUCUAAAAACAAACUUAUGGUACAGUGCACAAAUUACACUGGAGUAGAUUCAUUACUGAAUUACAUUUGUAAUGUGUUUUAUUAGGGGUUCAAAGCAAAGCUGUGAAACCUAUUGUUAUUCUAUGUUUUUUUCUUGACAUGGUCAAAUAACUCAAGCAUAGAUUGGUAACUACUUUCUAAUUUGGCACACAGAAACUAGAGGCCAUGAGUAAUUUGGUUAAAUAAAAUGGCACCGAUUGGCCUAUAGGUGGCGUUGUUAUAAGCAGUCUCACUUAAACCCUCAUAUCCGUCACCCCGUUUGACCUACAGACUUGAAACGUUGAAUGUAGGUGUCUUUCCUCAUGCUGAACAAAUUUACAUCAGGGACCCAUAAAUUCCAUCAGGAUAGAUUUUCCUCCAUCAUGUUGAAAGCAUCCCUGUGGAACGCUUUCAACAGCUUUUAGAGUCCCGACGAAUUUAGGCUGUUCUGAGGGCAAAUUGGGGUGCAACUCAAUAUUAGGAAGGAGUUCCUAAUGUUUUGUACACUCAGUGUAUUUGAGUUUUAACUUCUAAAGUUUGGAAUUUCAACUUUGAAAUCUCAGACUUGAUUUGUCCUAGUGAAAAAUAGAUCAACCCCUACAAAACAUGUCCAUUAAUUGUAAUCCAUAUAAUAAUUCACAUUUCAUCUUACUGCAGGAUUAUUUUCCUGCUAUAGCAAACUGGCUCAAAUUAAGAUCCUACAUCUGUAAAUCCAAAUAACACCAAAUUUGGUAUGUAGGCCCAAGGUACAUCUCUUAACUUAGUUUGAGAAAAGCUAAGGGAUUUGACUUGCCAUUUAAAUCCUUUGUAAAUCCAACAAUGGCCUAUCAACAUGAGGCUUUUGGGGGUCAUCAAAGACAUUACCAUGAUGAACCAUGUUAAGUUUAGCAUUGAUAUCUUUAAAAAAUCAGGAAAAUAUUAACAAUUAACUUUAAUUUUUACAAUAUAACGCUUAAAAUAAUCAAACAAAGUCUUCUUCUCAAGGAAGAAAUGUCAGAUUCACUCCGAAUUUGGUAUUUGCACUCAUCACAAUAGUCCCUAUAGAGUUUGAGGAAAUAAUGUUGAUGCACACAAAGAUGGCCACACUAUACCAGUAGAUGCAUAUUAGCACAUACGCUAAUAUGCACACAAAAAGCUAAGCAAUUAGUCAAAGGAUGGCUGAGUUAUUGAAAAAUCAUAAAUCAAAUGUUACGUGUCCAUUUAAACCAGUGGUCACCUCACCAACCUUUUCUGAGUCAAGAUCACUUUCUGAGUCAAAAUGCAAGCAGAUAUCUAUCGCUCAGAUUUUUUUUUAAUGUGACUUAAAAAACGUAAGCCAAUGCAACAUUAACCAAUUAAAAACAGUUCUGUAGCAAUGAGGUUUAUUCAGUAGGCUACAGGCCCAAUACAUUAUCACUGCAUAUUGGCUAUGCUUGAUUUGCCCUGCCAAAGUUGUUCUUCUCAGACCAUUUUGAAAUUAUAUAUAUUUUUUAAUGUAGGUAUAUGAUCACUCAGGUAAUAGAUCAUUUGUUGUAUUACUUGUGAGGCACAGCUGAGUGAGCAUAAUCAUUAGAAUUUUUUUCUGGACUGAUGGCCUGCAUCUGAUGGUCAGUCUGAGGGGAGGUAGUAGCGGUGAGGCUGCCUCACACCCGACUCACCGUCCCUCAGUCUACCAGCUGAUGGCGAAACUCAAGUCGCACUGCGUUAUUUCUGCCUCAUGCACCAAUUCAUGUUGUUACUCCUAUGACCAGAGAAAGUGAAAUAUUCCUUGAUAUUAAAAAAGACACAAGCUGCUAAUAAUAACAACGCAAGCUUAUCAAAACACUUUGCUAUAGUCAUUUGUUGCAAAUGCAGUAGGGACAACACACAUUUUUUGGCUUAUGAAAGUGUUAAACAAAGUGUUGACAGUGCUGAAUAACAAUUCCAGUCUUUAUCAUUGGGUUUUUCACAGAAAUGUUUGGUGAUCGACUAGGUUGGUGACCACUGAUUUAAACCAAUGUAAAUCCAAUCCACAGUUGCCUAUCAACUUGAAACGUGUCAUCGCUAUCAUGGAUGUCCCUAACAUGAACCUCACUGAAUUUAGUACUGUGAAAAAACAGGGAAACUAUUAACUCAUUCUUUGCAUAUAUAACGCUAAUGCACAAAAUCAUCUUCUCCUCAAGUGCAGUCGCAAAAACCAUCAAGCGCUAUGAUGAAACUGGCUCUCAUGAGGACCGCCACAGGAAUGGAAGACCCAGAGUUACCUCUGCUGCAGAGUAUAAGUUCAUUAGAGUUACCAGCCUCAGAAAUUGCAGCCCAAAUAAAUGCUUCACAGAGUUCAAGUAACAGACACAUCUCAACAUCAACUGUUCAGAGGAGACUUUGUGAAUCAGGCCUUCAUGGUUGAAUUGCUGCAAAGAAACCACUACUAAAGGACACCAAUACUAGAGACUUGCUUGGGCCAAGAAACACGAGCAAUGGAAAUUAGACCGGAGGAAAUUUGUCCUUUGGUCUGGAGACCAAAUUUGAGGUUUUUGGUUCCAACCGCUGUGUCUUUGUGAGACAGUGUGGGUGAAUGGAUGAUCUCCGCAUGUGUAUUUCCCACCGUAAAGCAUGGAGAAGGAGGUGUUAUGGUGUGGGGGUGCUUUGCUGGUGACACUGUCUGUGAUUUAUUUAGAAUUUAAGGCACACUUAACCAGCAUGGCUACCACAGCAUUCUGCAGCGAUAUGCCAUCCCAUCUGGUUUGGGCUUAGUGGGACUAUCAUUUGUUUUUCAACAGGACAAUGACCCAACUCACCUCUAGGCUGUGUAAGGGAUAUUUUACCAAGAAGGAGAGUGAUCGGAGUGCUGCAUCAGAUGACCUGGCCUCCACAAUCCCCCGACCUUAACCAAAUUGAGAUGGUUUGGGAUGAGUUGGACUGCAGAGUGAAGGAAAAGCAGCCAACAAGUGCUCAGCAUAUGUGGGAACUCCUUCAAGACUGUUGGAAAAGCAUUCUAGGUGAAGCUGGUUGAGAGAAUGUCAAGAGUGUGCAAAGCUGUCAUCAAAGCAAAGGGUGGCUAUUUGAAGAAUCUCAAAUAUAAAAUAUAGUUUGAUUUGUUUAACACUUUUUUGGUUACUACAUAAUUCCCUGUGUGUUAUUUCAUAGUUUUGAUGUCUUCACUAUUAUUCUACAAUGUAGAAAAUAGUAAAAAUAAAGGAAAACCCUUGAAUGAGUAGGUGUUCUAAAACGUUUGACCGGUAGUGUAUGUCCUUAGAAGCUGUGUGAAUAUAAAGUUACUGCAACCUGGCUGCACCAGACUAGUUGGUGGAAGUAUAAUGACAUUGGCACCAGUGGCACCAUAGGAUACUAGAGCAAUAACUAUUGAUCAAGUGGACUUUGUCUCAUGCAGAUGAAUGUUAGAUUUAAGUUAUGCAGACAAACAAUGUGAAACAUUGUGAAAAUAACACUGAAAAUAUUAACAUAAACCAUUAGUCGAAUUGACCCCAGAAUUGGUAUAUAAACUCAAUAAUUAAGUAAUUUCUUUAACGAUGACUAAACUUCACUUGCGUCAUUCUUGUAGUAUUGAGAGAUAAACAUGGUAAUGCUUUCACUGAUUGCACAUAAAGGAAGAUAGUUCCUACAUGAUAGAGUGCUUGCUUUGUUAUCCAACUGAUAUUAUGUCCUUUCUGUCAUCCUUUUCAUUGCUGCUCGCAGCUAUAUUCUAUUCUUAUUUUCCUAUUAUAAGACAUCAACAUUUGGCACUUAACACCUCUGCAUUGUUUUGUUCAUUAGUUCCUUUCCAAUAAGUUAGAGAAUUUGAAAAGAUACGUAGGCACAACUUCAAGUGCUAAGGCGAUAUUUGACUGUGGUUGAAUCCCAAUUAUCUACUAUUCUAGAUAGUUACCCUGAAUAUAAAACAUUUGAAUACCUGAAUUAACACAUUACAAAUGCUUACAAGAAGCAACACUGAAGGGAACUGGUAGUAGGAAUCCAGUGUACUGUGUAUGCUUGAAAUAUUUUUUUGGGACAAAUGAAUCAUUCUGGUCGCAUAGGGCGUCCUCCAACAGCACAUGACUACUUAUCCCCCAUGUGACCCAUAUCCUUUGUUCCCCUCAACAGGACAUUCCAGGACUUGUCCAAACAGAUGGACCUAGCCUACGGAACAGUGAGAGACUCAGCCGUGUACGAGUACUUCAGAGCCAAAGGCACCAACGCUCUGGAGCAGGACAGCACCUUCGCUGAGCUCUGGAGAACCAUCAACAAGAACAACGGCCAUGAACACUCAGUCUCCAGCCCCUCUGAAGGCAUCCACAAGGUGAGCUCAGGGACAGCCAGGUCUAAACUAAUUGAUUUCAGAAAACUGUAG